CACAUCAUAGUAAUCGAAAAAAAUAAACAUGAACAACAACGGUACGCUUUGAGACAAGUUUUUCCAUCGGCAUGAAUUUAUCGAAGCAACUGUCACAUCAAACCAAUGGAACCUGAACGUAGAAGCAUAAAAGAGACCAGUUCGCUAUCGAAAAGUCGGAAAGGUCCACGGACUUGUUAUGGUGCGACAAGACAGCCAGAGAGUUCAGCCGAUUACAAGCUUGCUGUUCAUAGUCUUGAUCAGUCUGAUACCUUACAAGGAUUAGCGAUAAAAUACGGUGUUACGGUAGAGCAGAUCAGGAGAGUGAACAAACUAUGGACUAAUGAUAAUAUUCACAUUUUGAAAACUUUAAACAUACCAGUCAAGUUGACUUUUGGUGAUGGCUUAACAGAGGCCACAUCUUGUGAUGAUGGUCAAAGUAUAUCCAUGGAUAAAAAACUACAAGGGCCACAUGAAUGUGACAGCGAAGAAAGUGUGGACUCUGGGGUACAUGAGGUUCACCAUGGGGAUAUAAGUAUUGAUGUAGAAGGACAUUCACAAGCUGAGAGCUCAAGGACAAAGAGAGCCAUGUCAAAAAAUGAAGAUGAUUCAUUGAACUCAUUCUUAAAAAAGUUUGAUGGUGAUAUGAAAGCUUCAAUACAAAAGGCAAAGAAACAAAGAUCAAGUAGCGUACCUGCAUUGAUCAACAACCUAGAAGCAAACCACGAAAAAGAAAGAUCAAAACGACACAGUCAAAAGGACAGCAAUCAUGUUCGGUUGAAAAGCAACCGUGUGUUAAGGACUAAGAAUUCAUCACAAAGUGAUAGUGGUUCUCAUGACGAUUUAUUUGAACUAUGAAAGGGUUGAAUAUUUGGAUAAAAUGAUUGGGGAAAUGAUUGAAAUACAAUUGGUAGACAUCCACCUCAUUGGCUUGUCUGUUGCCUGCCUUUGUGGAUGAAAAAUUCAGUAAAUGUGGCCAGUAAUUUUUGCAUGCAUAAGAGAGCUUACUCUGUCUCUGUAGAAAAUGGCAUUCAGCAGAGAAAAUAUCAGCUGCACCUUUCAAUUGUAAACCUUUUAACUCAUGUCAAUUCAUAGUUUCUCAUUAGUUUUUUCAUGUGAAUAAUCAUAGCAUAUUGAAACAUGGUAGUAUAAUAUAAAUACUUGACUGAUUGGCUAUAUAUAUGCAAUGUUGUACAUUGAAUAAAAAUUCUAUGUUUAUUA